GCCGUCUCCGGCGUCGCCGUGCGCGCCGCGGCGCUCUCCGCGGAUGAACUCGACCGGCGACCCCAAGUGGUCGUCGUGUGCACGUCGGCGCUCGCGCUGGCGCAGCUGGCGGCGCUGGCGGCGGCCCCGGAGGCGCGGCCGGCGCUGCUGCUGCUGCACGUGCCCGAGCCCGACGACUCCCCCGUCCGAGCCACCGAUGACGCUUUAUUGAAGAGCAAUAUCAUAUUAGAUUUAAGGAAACCGCCUUACGAAAGAAAAAUAAGAAAUCUAUCGUCCACCACAGCACUCCCGGAAAACGCAAAUUUAUCGUUAUUCUAUCCGGGGACGUAUAAGAAAAGUUUUCCGUCGCCGCCGACCGCCGAGUUCGUAAACAACGCUACGCCACCCUAUCGCAAUAAGAGAAUUCGUUACGGAGUCGAAUCGGCGGGAUCCCCGACCUCGAAGGCUGUUUUUCGAGCCAGGCGCGUCGUAAACACGAUAAAAACAGACUAUGAUUCGUUGCGAAACAAUUCUCCCGUUACGUAUAUAAUGCGGGCCGCACGACAAACUAUAACAGAAAACGAGUUCAAGGACAAACGAUCCGCCGACACUGAAGACAGUCUCGAGCGAAGGACACCCCUUGUCGCCUCGAUACCUUCGAUUCCACUCGGCACUCUCGAAACCCUUGUGUUGAAACUGAAUGAAACAUUUCGAGAUCGAACUUUAAUACUCAGUUCGCAAGAUCUCGAGUUCGAACCGUCUGCCGCUUCAAUGAUCGAGGAAGCCUACGAUUCAAUUCUGGAUUCUCUAGAACAAGAUUCAAUCAAUCAAACGAGUAACGGAGCCUUCUUCUUGUAUGAAAUAAUGCCAAAAGCGGAUGAAACGCACUGGCAAAAGAUCGCAACCCUGACGACCGUGUCGCACGCGUCCCUCGGCGCGGCCGGCUGGGCGACGCGCGCGGCGCUGACCAACGCCAGCGGGCGCUUCGAGCGGUGGAGCUCGGAGCGGCCGGCCGAGGGCGGCGAGGCGUCGUCGGUGUCGGUGCCGGUGCUGAUCGCGUGCAUCUCGCUGGCGCUGGGCGCGGCCGGCGCGCUGGGGCUGGGCACGCGCUGCGCGGCCACGCGGCGGCGGCGGCGGCGGCGGCGCGGCGACGCCGUGCUGGCGGCGGCCGACUUCUGCUUCCCGGCGGACGAGCGGCGGCGCGUGGGCGAGGGCAUGGAGACGAUGCUGUCGUGCUGGCUGCAGCAGCUGCACGAGUUCGGCGGGCCCGAGCUGGAGCGCCCCGACCUGCUCAAGCAGCCCGCGCCCGCGCCCGCGCCCUCCGCGCCCUCCGCGCCCUCCUCCACCACGAGCAUCAACCGCGUCGCGCUCGACCGCCGCACCCGCUACAAGGGAGAUGCAGUGCACAUGAAAUAUCUACCGACGAAUGCCCCCCUCGAACUGAAACGAAAAGCUACUGACGUGCUACUCGUCAUGCAAAGCUUGCGACAUGAAAAUCUCAAUCCAUUCAUAGGAUGCCUGUGCGAGCUGCGGCCGGCGCUGGUGUUCGACCACUGCGGGCGCGGCUCGCUCGAGGACGUGCUGAUGCUGGACGAGAUCAAGCUGGACUGGACGUUCCGGCUGUCGCUGCUCACGGACCUGGUGAAGGGCAUGCGCUACCUGCACGCGUCGCCGCUGCGCGCGCACGGCCGCCUCAGCUCGCGCAACUGCGUCGUGGACGCGCGCUGGGUGCUGCGCGUCUCCGACUACGGGCUGCCGGCGCUCGCGCGCGCGCAGGGCCUGCCGCUCGCCGCGCGCGCGCCCCGGGAGCUGCUGUGGACGGCGCCGGAGCUGCUGCGCGAGGCGCGCGCGGCGGCGGGCGCGGGCGGCGCGGAGGGCGCGGGCGCGGGGCGCGGCUCGCCGGCCGGCGACGUGUUCUCCUUCGCCAUCAUCAUGCAGGAGGUCAUCGUGCGCGGCGAGCCCUACUGCAUGCUCUCGCUCACGCCCGAAGAAAUAAUCGAGAAGCUGAUGCGGCCGCCGCCGCUGAUCCGGCCGUCCGUGUCCAUGGGCGCGGCGCCGCCCGAGGCCGUGAGCGUCAUGCGCCAGUGCUGGGCCGAGGCGCCGGAGCUGCGGCCCGACUUCGGCCGCCUGCACGACAUCUUCCGCCACCUGCACAAGGGCAGAAAAAUAAACAUCGUGGAUUCGAUGUUUGAAAUGUUGGAAAAGUAUAGCAAUAAUUUGGAAGACUUGAUACGUGAACGAACGGAACAGUUAGAUAUGGAGAAGAAAAAAACAGAACAAUUGUUGAAUCGCAUGCUGCCCAGGUCGGUGGCGGAGCGGCUGCUGCUGGGCUCGCGCGUGGAGCCCGAGGAGUUCGAGGACGUGUCCAUCUACUUCAGCGACAUCGUGGGCUUCACGGAGCUGGCGGCGCGCUCCACGCCCGUGCAGGUGGUGGACCUGCUCAACGACCUGUACACGGCCUUCGACGCCACCAUCGAGCGCUACGCCGUGUACAAGGUGGAGACCAUCGGCGACGCCUACAUGGUGGUGGGCGGGCUGCCGGUGCGCGCGCGCGGGCACGCCGAGAGCGUGGCCACCAUGGCGCUGCACCUGCUGCACGUGGCCGGCCGCUUCCGCGUGCGCCACCUGCCCGCCACGCCGCUGCGCCUGCGCGCCGGCCUGCACUCGGGGCCCGUGUGCGCCGCCGUCGUGGGGCUCACCAUGCCGCGCUACUGCCUCUUCGGCGACACCGUCAACACCGCCUCGCGCAUGGAGUCCACCGGCGCGGCGUGGCGCAUCCAGGUGUCGGCGGCGACGGCGGAGCGGCUGGCGGCGGCGGGCGGCUACCGGCUGCGCUCGCGCGGGCUCACGCAGGUCAAGGGCAAGGGCGCCAUGCACACCUACUGGCUGCUGGGCAAGGACGGCUUCGACAAGCCGCUGCCCGUGCCGCCGCCGCUCGAGAACGGCGAGGAAGUGCUGUUCGAGACCGACGGCGAGAACGAGAGCAAGCCGUCGCCGCCGCCCGCGUCGCCGCGCGCGCCCGCCGUCGAGCGCCAGCGCUCCGACCCCUGCUCCACGCCCGACAAAUUCGCCUGGCAGCGGUCGGGCGCCGUGUCCGCCGACAGCAGCCCGCCGCGCGCGCGCGUCGUCGCCGCCGACCACAGCGCGCCGUACGCGCGCUACAAGUGCCUGGCGCCGGGCGCGCGCGUGCUGCGGCGGCAGUGGUCGCUGGAGCGCGACGCGCCCGAGCCGGCGGCCGACGAGCGCGCGCCCGCCAAGUACCGCACGCGGCCCGAGCCCGCGCCCGACGCGCCGCCCUAG